GGCCUGAAUAACCCGCGAGGGUUCGUGUUUUGUCGCCGGGCACAGGAGUAGACACAUGAAAGUGAACUAUUUAGACGGACUUCUAAAAGGGUUUUAAAGGGUUUAUAAAUAUCAACGUGCUGCAUAUAACACUGAGGUUAACGAGUUGUUUACUGACUGAUUCAACGUUGAAGCGCUUCAAGAAAUCAUCAUGGCCAAGGUGCAAGUGCUGAAUGUCGCGGUACUGGACAACCCGAGCCCGUUUGGAAAUCCCUUUCAGUUUGAGAUCACAUUUGAGUGCAUGGAGGAUCUGCCAGAAGAUCUAGAGUGGAAAAUCAUCUAUGUGGGAUCAGCAGAGAGUGAGGAGUAUGACCAGGUGCUGGACUCAGUCCUGGUGGGCCCAGUGCCAGCUGGACGACACAUGUUUGUGUUUCAGGCUGAUGCCCCCAACACUGGGCUCAUCCCAGAGACUGACGCUGUCGGAGUUACCGUUGCUCUUAUCACGUGUACAUACCGUGGGCAGGAGUUCAUUCGUAUUGGUUACUAUGUGAAUAAUGAAUAUACCGAUGUUGAAUUAAGAGAAAAUCCACCUCUUAAACCAGAUUACAACCAGCUCCAGAGGAAUAUUUUGGCCUCUAAUCCUCGUGUGACUCGCUUCCACAUCAACUGGGAUGGUUCAGCAGACAAGAUGGAGGACAGCGAAAAUGUCGACCCAUCUCCAAACAUAAACUGCAUGCUCCCUCCAUCAUGUGCACCAGGAAAGAUGACUGCACUGGGACUGUUGCCAGACAACUCUAUGGACUGCAUGUAAGAAUCACCUGAACUGGACACCAACCUCUUGUGAUAUUCUUUGCCUUAACCUAUGAGAUGCAUUUAAACCAAAACAGGGUGCCAUUUGAAAAUAGGCUAAAAUUUCUCUCUGGCAGUAGGUUUAAAAUGAUUGUCACUUAAUCCCAAAAGGCAUAUUAUCCAUAAAGUAGAGACUCAUGGAAUGCCGAAAGUCAAACAAAUACGCUUGAAUUUGAAUUCCCUCAAACCUUUGGAAAUGGUCCAACUGUAAUUGGGCUAAAAUAUCAUACGUGUCAAAUCUUGUACUGCAAAUGUAACUUUAUGCAUUAACCAAGGAAAUUAAUAUCUAAGUCAAAUAAUGCAGCAUGUGAGGUUUGUACAGUUACUGUAAAUAAUCUUUGUCUGUACUGCUUUUGUGUAUCUUCAAGUUUUAAAGCCUUCUUUGUUUGUAUCUACCCUGACUCUUGGUAUACGAUUUAAUAAAAAUUUUUUGUUAAAUGUACAA